CGACAUAAAAAAAAAAGCCCAGAAUUCAAGCUCGCCACUUUUACCUUUCCCGUUUUCUGCAGAGAGAGAGAGAGAGAGAGAGAGAAGUGAGAAAUGGAGAAGAUGGUGGCUCUGAGAUCAGUAUACCGGUCGGCCUGGUCCAGAUCUUAUCGCGUGGCCGCCAUCAACCAGCAGCUGCUCCGCCACUACUCCGCCGCUCGAAACCUCUUCAAUUUCUCAUCGCCGCCCACCUCUACUUCUUCUCCCAACGGCCUCGCUUCUUUUGAUUGCAGGUCUCCUUUCUCAAUGGGUUUGGGAAGUAGACGAUUUUUUAGUGAAGAUGUAACUCACGUGCCUCUCAUAAAGGACCCUGAGCUAGAAAGGGCUUUCAAGGAUUUGUUUGCUGCCAGUUGGGACAAACUCCCGGAUUCUCUUCUCCUUGAAGUAAAGUCGGCAUUGAAGAAGAGCAAUGACGAAGCUGGCAAGGAGGCAGUGGCCAAUGUUUUUCGCGCGGCUGAAGCAGUUGAAGAAUUUGGUGACAUAAUCACGAAUCUUAAGAUGGAUUUUGAUGACACCAUUGGAAUGGCUGGCGAGAAUGUCACGCCCUUGUCAGACGAGCAUGCGAAUGCACUUCGUACAAUCUUCGCUCGCUACUCUGCCUACUUGGAUUCAUUUGGUCCUGAUGAGGCCUUUUUGCGUAAGAAAGUGGAGACGGAGCUGGGAGCUAAGCUGAUAUUUUUGAAGAUGAGAUGCCGUGGGCUGGGUGCCGACUGGGGAAAGAUAACAGUUCUCGGUACUUCGGGGCUUGCUGGGUCAUAUGUGGAGCAAAGAGCUUAACUCAAAGCUUCGAGAUUUUUCAAUAUUUGUGAUCUUUCUUGUGUUUAGAAUCAUGUUCCUGAAUGUUUCGAGAAAGACCUGCAUAUCCUUUCCUCAGAAAACCAUAAAUUUCAGGCUGAUGGCUGUUCAAUAAGAGCUUUAUCUUUGUCGACGA